AUGUUUGGAUCGCUGCUAGUGGGUAUUGUUUCGCUACUGGGCGUGGUGUAUGCCUUCCUGGUGUCCACCUUUGGGCACUGGCGCCGGCGUGGUGUUCUGGAGCCGCGUGCCCUGCCGCUUCUGGGCUCCUUUCCCAAUAUCAUCUGGCCAAGGCAGCACUUUACCAUGGAUAUGCGUGAUCUUUACAUGCAAUACCGGGACAAGGAGAGUUACCUGGGUUGCUAUCUGCUGCGUUCCCCCAAGCUGCUUGUUUUGGAGCCGCGGCUCAUCUGCGAGAUCUUUGUUAGCGCCUUUCGUCAUUUCGAGGACAAUGACGCCUCCCAGAUGGUGGACACCUCCAAGGAUCGACUGAUCGCUCUCAAUCCCUUUGUGCUGGAGGGCGAUGAGUGGCGUCGCCAACGGGCAAUAUUCUCCACAUUGCUGACCAACGGACGCAUCCGCACCACACAUGCCAUCAUGCAGCGCGUCUGCCAGGAUCUCUGUGACUUCAUCCUGCGAAAGGCGCCCAGCGGCGAGGAUCUGGAUGCAGUGGAUCUCGGUUUGCGCUUUACGGGUGAAUCCCUUUUCGACUGCGUCCUGGGCAUCCAGGCGCGCACCUUCACCGAUAGUCCUUUGCCGGUGAUGCAGCAUAACCAGGAAAUGUCUGCCGAGAACCGGGGUCUGGCCAUUGCCGGCGCCGUUUGUGGCCUGUUUCCGAACCUGCCACGCCGCCUCCGUCCCAAGGUCUUCCCAUGCUCCUUCGAUCGUUUCUUUGGCGACAUGAUCAGCAAGGCUCUGCGGCUGCGUCGUGCCCAUCGGCAGGAGCGGAAUGACUUCAUCAAUCAUCUGCUGGAGAUGCAGCGGGAGCAUAGCCUCAGCGAGGAGGACAUGGCCUCCCAUGCCAUGACCUUCAUGUUCGAUGGAUUGGACACCACCUCCAACAGCAUUGCACACUGUCUGCUGCUGUUGGGACGAUAUCCGGAGUGCCAGCAGCGGCUGUUCGAGGAACUGCAGCAGGCGUGUGCCGGGAGACAGCUGCCAGAUCUGGAUGCGCUCAUCGAUCUGCCUUACCUGAGUGCCUGCUUUGAUGAAAGUAUGCGCAUCUAUCCAGCCGCCGGCUGGGCCUCGAAGAUCUGCACCCGGGAGUACGAGCUGCGAGGCAGUCAUCAUGGCGAACCCCUUAAGGUGCGACCCGGUGACAAGCUGAUGAUUCCCGUGUAUGCUCUGCAUCACGAUCCGGACUACUAUCCGGAGCCGGAGGUAUUCCGACCGGAGCGGUUUCUGGACGGCGGCUUGAAGAGUUACAAGCAGCAGGGUGUGUUCUUUGCCUUCGGCAAUGGGCCGAGGCAGUGCGUCGGCAUGCGUCUGGGCCUGGCCCUGGCCAAGGCCGCUCUAGCGGCCAUUGUGCAGCGCUUCCAGGUGCUGGUCAGUACGCGUACCUUGCCGGGCAUCGAGCUGGAUCCGCACAUCUUCGUGGGUGUCCACAAGGGCGGCAUCUGGUUGCAGUUUGUCGAAAGGUAGAAGGGGUAUUAGGGCAUAGGCCUAAUAUAUGUAUGUGUAUAUACUUUCCCAAUUCGAGGUCGACCUUUGUCAGUGGGGAGAUUCAAUAAAAAAUUAGAGUGGGUCUGGGCUACACGACUGCAUUCAGCGAUCAGCAUUCAUUUGGGGAAUUAUGUCAUCGUUCGGUGUCCAAACAGUGGAGAUUCAUCAAUGGGACACCGAAGACGCCGCAAAUGCACUCAUACGGCGUACAC